AUGGCGGACUGGGCCCCGGUGUUCGUCGGGCUGGCGCUAUUCAUCCUCCUCUCGCCGGGGCUGCUGUUCCAGAUCCCCGGCAAGGGCAGGAUCGUGGACUUCGGCAGCUUCCAGACCAGCGGCGCCUCCAUGCUCAUCCACGCCGUCAUCUACUUCGCCCUCAUCACCAUCUUGCUCCUCGCCGUCCGCGUCCAAGUCUUCCUUGGUUGA